AUGUCCGACGAGCUCAAGCGCGGGAUCGCGGGCGCCGCCGCCGUCGCCGCCUCCCACCCGGCGCCCUACGCGCCGCGGGCCCCGGCCGACGCCGACCGCAGGCUCGCCGCCUCCGCCACCGCCGCGCUCGGCUCCCCGCCGCCGGCCGCCGCGUCCCCCACGGCGCACAAGAUCACGCUCAAGAGCGCCGACAUGAAGGAGGAGAUGCAGAAGGAGGCGUUCGACAUCUCCCGCGUCGCGUUCGAGAAGCACACCAUGGAGAAGGACAUCGCGGAGUACAUCAAGAAGGAGUUCGACAAGAACCACGGCCCCACCUGGCACUGCAUCGUCGGCCGCAACUUCGGUUCCUACGUGACGCACGAGACGAACUACUUUGUGUAUUUCUACAUUGAUUCUAAAGCUGUCUUGCUAUUCAAGUCUGGGUGA